UCUAUUCACAAACUCGCACACUUGAAUUUCUAAAAGUGUUUAUGAAUGAAGAGAGUCCCGGACUCGAGAUUUAUUCAUCAUUCCUGCAUACGGCAUGGAAAUAAAAGAGUCUGAUUAUGACUGACGAGGAAGACCCUAACUUAGAAAAAGAGUUGUACUACUUAAUCACUAAAUUCUUGGAAAAUGGACCGUGUAAGAAUGCAGCAAAGGUAUUGCGCCGUGAGAUAGAAGAAAAUAAAUUUGUAAUACCUAGAAAAGACUGGGAAGGGUCCAACCAUGAUCAAAGCCUGGUAGCCUAUGACAAGAGGAACAAUCAUAUACCGGCGAAUUUUUUGGGCUUGCUAGCGAAAAAAAUAAACCCUUUAAUAGAAAAAUGCGAACCAUCAGUUGUGAGAUCAAUCAAGUCUUUGUUAUCAACUGGAAACAGACUCCUGUUGUCAAACGAGAAAUCAGCUACACUAUUUUGUCAUUCCACUGCAGAACAAGCAGCAUCCUUUAACUCUGCUCCAAAGCUUCCUUCAAUUAACACUAUUCAAUUGCCUAUUACAUCAGUUUUAAAUGGUCGUUCAUAUAAUGGAAUACCAAGACAUUCACAGGUUGUGUGUUAUUGUGAUGUAUAUAGGAAGUUAUGUAUGCAUAAACGCAUUCUUGGCCAUCUUGCAUCCGUUUAUUGUGUACUGUUUGACCAGACUGGAAGCAUAAUUGUCACUGGUGCAGAUGAUAACCUUUUAAAGGUUUGGUCAGCAGUGGAUGGUCGUCUGAUUGCUACAUUUAGGGGACAUUCUGGUCAAAUAACUGAUAUUACCAUUAAUAAAGAAAACACUUUAAUUGCUUCAGGUAGCCUAGAUAAGACUAUUCGAGUAUGGAGCCUUCAAGACACUUGCCCCAUAGCUGUCUUGCAAGGACACACAGGAAUGAUCACGUCAUUACAGUUUUGUCCAAGUGCUCAUGAAGAUAUAAGAUAUUUAAUGUCAACAGGAGGGGAUGGUCACGUUUGCUUCUGGGUAUGGAGCCUAGCAACCAGUGAGUUUAACUUGACUCCAAUAAAAUUCAAUGAAAAAUCUAGACCUGGUGCACAGAUGUUGUGUUCUUCUUUUAGUUCAGGUGGAUGUUUUCUUGCAAGUGGAAGUUCAGAUAAUUAUGUUAGAGUUUACCAGCUUUAUCCAGACGGUCCUGAAAAAAUAGCAGAACUAGCAAAUCAUGCUGAUCAUGUUGACAGCAUCUUGUACAACAAUGGUGGAGACAGAUUUUUAACUGGUUCUCGAGAUGGCACUGCUAUGGUGUGGACCUAUGUACAAGGCGAAUGGCAGGCUAAAUGUUUAGAUGCAUCUCAAAGAAUUUAUGAUGAUCCAAAGUUAAUUGAAGAUGUGGAGUCAAAGACUAAACUAAAAGUGACAAUGAUUUGCUGGAGUAAAAAUGACUACUACAUUAUAACUGCAGGAACUGAUUACGUGCUGCGUGUUUGGAAUUCAUUCACGUGUAAAUUUAUCCAUGCUUUAAAAGGUCAUACUGAUGAAGUGUAUAUUUUAGAAGCUCAUCCAAUUGAACCGAAUCUUCUUCUUAGUGCAGGUCAUGAUGGUAAUCUUAUUCUUUGGGACAUCGAAAGAUGCAGAAAAAUCAAGUUAUUCUUUAAUCUGCUUGAAGGACAAGGCCAUGGAUCUAUAUUUGAUUGUAAAUUUUCCCCAAAUGGACUCCAAUUUGUUGCUACUGAUAGCCAUGGACAUUUAAUUAUAUUUGGGUUUGGAAGUGACGAAUUAUAUCAACGUGUACCCUACGAGCAAUUUUUCCAUACAGACUAUAGACCGAUAAUUCGAGAUGCAAAUAACUACGUUCUUGACGAGCAAACGCAAACAGCUCCUCAUCUGAUGGCUCCACCUUUUCUUGUGGAUAUUGACGGAAAUCCAUACCCGUCUAAUUACCAGCUGUUGAUACCUGGUCGAAACUCGCAGAAUCUUCCACAGCUUCGUGUAGAAGAGCCAGAGAAUCUGCCACCAUUAUUAGCUGAAAUUGCUGCUGCUGAAGCUGCUGAAAGAAAUUUGCGUUCCCCCAGAAGUAGACAAGCAAGUGUUCAGGAAGCUGGACUUCUCAGUCCUGGUGGCAUGGGCGGUGUAGGUCUCCGUGAAAGUGGAGAUGUCGAGGGCGUACGUCAACAGAAUAAUUUGUAUGUGUCAGGUGACAUUACAGAUGCUGACGCGGAGGCAUGGCGAAAUCGCACUAUCAUACCAACAAAUAAUCUUUACAAUCCAAGUGAGGAUGAACAGUCUAGACGCGAAAAAGGAAUUGAAGAAUAUACAAAUUUUCUGAAUGAAGCGAAAAAAAUGUCUAGAAAGUUAUCAGAAAGUCAUUCAUCAGACGCUACGAAGAAUUUCCUACGAUCUGUUGGUCGUGGUCGUGGCCGUGGAAGAACGAGACAAGCUAAAGUGAGGCAGCCUCCCACAUAUGUGAGAGCAUCGGCAUUGCAAGCAGUUAAUAUAUCACAACCUUCUGGUAGGGAAGUCAUAAAUGUUGACCAGAAUAUUGUAUCUUCUGAUAGUGAGCCUGAAGAUUGGCAAGGAGAAAGCAGCGAUUCCACAGAUGAUUCUGAUUGGGUGCAUGAAACUAAGUCAAGUAGAGAGAGUGGAAAGAAAAAGAAAUCAAGGCGAAAAAACGUUGCAUCCUCCUCAGACGUUGAAGCUGGCCAAAAUGAAAAUGAAGAAGAUGACGAUAUGGAAGACAUUGAUGUUGAGAACAGUUCUUCAGAUGACAGUGACGAAGAGACGUCGAAAAGCAGUAACAGAAGAAACGAUGAUGAUCGAGAAUCUUCUGAUAGCGGAGCUGGCGAGGGAGAGGAAACCAGUCGGAAAGGUACAAGGUCAAGGCAAGGGAAGCAACGAGCUGAGAAAGUUUCUCAACCUGUCGAGAAGAAAGCUCCUCAGAAGAAACUGAAAAAGGAAAUAAAAUCUGAAAGACCAGUACCUUCAGUGGAUAACCUAGAUGAGUAUCUUCAAUUCUAUCAUCCUCCCCAAUGGUUACUGAGCGUUGAAAGUCAAAAGUUUCCUUAUUUUCCACAAAUUGGAGACGAAGUGUACUACCUUCGUCAAGGUCACCACUUAUACGUGCAAGAAGUGAUCAAACAAAAUGAGUAUGAUAUCCAAGAAGGAAGACAAGCUUACCGUCGUUAUGAUUUGUCGCCGGCAGAAUUAUGCAAACUUGUUGGUAUAUCAUACGAUGUUGGUCCACCAAAGAUGUGCUCGUUAAAACUAGAGUUAAUCGGAAAAAAAAAAUCUACUGGCGAAAAAAAGACAAUCACCGUCAGAUUCCAUGACAUGCCUCAUGUCGUUGACUUCCUCGUCUUGAAGCAUUUGUAUGAACAGUCUCUGCAACAAAAUUGGGACAAAGAUGAUCGGUUUAGAUGUAUUAUCGAUGACUCGUGGUAUUAUGGUACCAUAGCAGAAGUUAGUCCAAGCAAUGAAGAAUUUCCUACUAGUCCCUUUCUCAGUUUGGUUGUGAAAUGGGAUUCAGGUGAUGAUGAAAGAUUGAGUCCGUGGGAUUUAGAAAGAAUAACUGACGAAGAUGUCGAACUUGUUGAUAACACACCACUAGUUGAGGAAGAUAAAGUGUUAUUUAAGUAUCCUACUAACGAAAAUGAUUGGCCGUAUGAAGACGAAGAACAAUUCUGUGAACGGGUUUCUAAAGGUUUAGAGGAUUUUUCGGCGUUAGAGAUUGCCAGCUCGUUUGCAUAUCCUGUCGAUGUUCAACAGUAUCCAACCUAUUGGAGGUGGAUCGCGUUUCCAACCGACUUAGAAACCAUAAGACAACGCGUUAGAAACCAAUUUUACAGGCGGAUUGAUGCUGUAUUAUGGGAGAUACGCCAGUUAAGGACAAAUGCGUCCAAAUUCAACGAGAAGGGAAGCAGUAUAGUCUUGGAUGCGGCGUAUGUUGUAAAAGUGUUGUGCAAAUUUAUCAAGGAUGGAACGAUCAGUGAUAUUAUUACCUUGUAUAAUGAAAUGGACCAAGCUGAAGAGACAAAGGCUAAACCUGUUUACGAUGAUCAAGAAUCUGAAGAGGAGGAGGAGGAAGAAAUUGAAGAAGAAGAUGAAGAAACCUUAAUGGAAAAUAUGGCGAAUGGAUGUACCGGCAGUAGUGUUGGGGCUAGUAGCAGUGGAUCCGCUCGAAACUCUCCGCAGAGCUGGAUUGCCGAGGCCAAAAUUUUGUUAGAGUUCAUAAACUCGAAGGACGAUGCUCAACCGUUUCGAGAGCCGGUCAAUUUGGUUGAUUUUCCGGAGUAUCUGGGGACGGUUAGAGAACCGAUGGAUAUAUCAACAAUUCGUCAUCGGUUAGACGCCAAUCAAUACGAUAAUGCUGAGGCAUUCAUACGAGACUUCCAACUCAUCUUUAAAAAUUCAAAGAGUUACAAUACAGACAGAAGAUCUCUUAUAUAUAAAAUGACAUUGCGCUUAUCAUCGUUGUUUGAAGCACGUUGUGAAAGCAUACGUCAAGCUUAUGCGGAAGAGAACGCGGUUAUCCAUUGGACGCGUCGAAGAACGCGCAACCAAUGCAGCAGUAGUCAAGCGACAUGUGACAACGAAACUAAACCGUCGUCUGGUAAACUUCGAUUUGUUAUAAAAAAAGAAACUAACGGAAAUUAUUCAGGGGAAGAAAGUAGAAGUCCAGCGAAGAGUAAAAUAACUUUAUCACAAUUUGUUAAGAGACCUACAACGAGAUCUCUUCGUGGUUCAACGGCGGAAGAGAACAGCCGUCCAAGUAGAAACGGUAGAACGAGACUAAAACUAAAAAGUGAAACUGCUUCGUCUGGAAGUGAAUCGGAUUUAGAAUCGGAUGACGACGUUGAAACAAAAAACGUUAACUCUCAUGAAGUAUCAAAUUCCCCUCUGAAAUCUCGUCGCUCGAUUAGAGUGACAAACAAACGUCGCCGGUACGGGUUUGAAUCCGAUGAGGAAGAUAAUAGUAAUAAUAAUCAAAAUAAAAAAAUAAAAACUGAACCAGAAGUGCGUCGGAAAAGUAAACCGAGACCUUCGAGAGGUCGUAGCGUCACGGUAAAGAAACGCGCAUUAACAGAUCAGCGCUCAUCUCGGAAGCGAAAAAAUGUAAAUUAUUGUGAGGACGAUUUGGAUCAGUACGACAUGUUUGAUGAAAAUAAUGCUCAGCAAAGUGCUGACGAGCCUAAUGAGAACAGUUCUUCGAAUGACAGCGAGUCUUCUUCUGAAGAGGAAGAGGAACAGGAAAUGGAAAAUACUUACAUAGCAGGUGUAAGCAGUCGUGGUCGAGUGCGAAGAGCUGCGUCUAGAUUCUCAGAUUUUGUAGAAAAAUAAAUAUUUUUCAUUGUAUUUAUUUAUACACAUACAUUUUGAUACCGGAAAAUUCGUGUUUUUGCAGUUGUGCUUGUUUCCAUCUCUAAUGAAAAAUUUCGUGUACAGACAUCCUUUUUUUUCUGUCCUGUUUCAUUCGCUCUUUCCGUUCAUUUUUCUUGUCACAAAUGCAUAGAUUAUGACAUCAUUAUGACAUCAAGUCUGCGCGCGUGUGUAUUUUUAUAUAUAGUGUGUCCUUUAUAUUAAAUGGUACAAUUAUUUAUUGUGUGUUUUAUGCCUUGUUAAUCCGCAACUUUUGUGAGUAAUUUUAAAGUAAACUUUAAAAUAACAAGGAUUUUCUAUUGUGGAACAUUUUAUAGAAAAUAUUUUUUAUCUUUA